AUGCAGUCAUACCAUAUCAAUACCUAUUCGACACCCCAGGGGUACGAACUAGGACAGCUACCGCGUCCAGAAAUUGAGAAUGCAGAUGAAGUCCUGAUCAAGGUGCACGCGGCCAGCGUGAAUCCCAUCGACGUGAAGAUGGCCAGCGGCGCAGCGAAGAUGAUAAUAUCGCUCAAAUUCCCUUACAAGCCUGGCUACGAUUGUGCGGGAACCGUGGUCGAGGUUGGCUCUCAAGUCACUCGCUUCAAGGUCGGCGAUGAAGUAUACACUCGGCUUCCUGAAAGCACGCGUGGUUCAUGGAGCGAAUAUGCAAAGUCACCAGAGGAGUUCCUUGCGCUGAAGCCGAAAAAUCUGACCUUUGAAGAAGCUGCGUCAAUUCCUCUGACGGCGUUGACGGCAUUCCAAUCUCUGCAAGUUGCAGGCGAUUUGAGCGGCAAGACGGUCUUUGUGCCGGCUGGAUUGAGUGGUACGGGGGCGUAUUUCUGUCAACUCGCCAAGAAUGUCUUCAAAGCCGACAAAGUCAUCACAACGGUAUCCACGGCGAAGAUUCCAAAAGUCCCGGAAUUGCUUGGAGAAGGAGUAGUCGACCAGAUUAUCGACUACACCAAAUCAGACCCCAAGGCCGAAAUCCCCGCCGGCUCAGUCGAUCUCAUGUUCGACACGCUUGGUCUGGCUAUGGAUUACCUCUCCCUGAUACGACCACAAACAGGAUACAUGAUUUCCAUCUCUACCACGCCGAGCGGCGAUCAAUUCGUGAAAGAUGGGAACUUGGAAGUCCCCUUUGUGUUCCGAAAACUGCUCAAUUUCGCCGAUAGCGCGCGUACAUGGCGCGCUUCGCGCUGGGGAGUGACGUAUAAGUAUGUGCUUAUGCGGCCCAAUGGCAGGGAUCUAGAGCAGUUGAAGGAUCAGUGGUCCAGCUUCAUGAUGAAAGACGCCCAUGAAGAAGCCAUCUCCGCGGUCAGCAACUUCUACAAAGUCAUCACCAAGCUCGCAUACAUCGAUCCAGCAGCACUAGUCUAUCCUCCCGGCAGCAGCGAAGCUACAGAUAUUACAACAAGUGGUUGGCCCAACAUCAACACCGCAGAGCUCCGCAAGCGCGGCAAGACGGAUGAAGUUAUCACUCUUCUCCGUUACUUGCCAUACUUGCGACGCCCUGAGUCUCCGGAUAGCAAGAGAAGAUGGAUGGUAGCGCCAGAUACUAUUGCGAUUGCCUACUGCGAUGGCGAGGUCUAUAGCGACCAGUUGGAUGAGAUCCAGCCAACGCCGGGUCAUUGUAUUUGGCUGGCUGAUCCGGCCGGAACAGAGAAUGGAGUGGCGCUGCUCUUGGAUAUGGAGAAUAGUACGAUAACUGAAUAUUCGGUGCGCAUUGAUCGUACCAUCGGUCUCAGUACCGAUGAAUACGAGUUACUAUCACUGGAAGACCGCUGGAUGGCACAUUUUACCUGGCCCAUUGCAAAAUUUUUCGACACUUGGACGCAAAAAUAUGAGAGAUUGGAGUGGAUGCCUGCUUAUCAUGACAGCAGUACAGCAGGAACAGCCGUAUGGUUCAUUAGUCCGACGCGCGGCGAGAAAGAUGUCGACCGCGAGGACGAAGAGGGUGAUUCGGAAGAUUCGGAUGAGAGUUAUGAACCUAGUUCAGAAGACUCAGACGAUGACUAUGAAAGCGAAGAGGACUCAGAUCCUUAUGAAUGGGAUAGUGAGUACGAGAGCGAAGAUGAGUACGAGUUAUCGGACGAUGAGGGCCAAGUCGAGGCUAGUCGUGAAGAAUCUGUGGCAAACGAUUAUCAUCAGUCAAAGAGCGAGUCCUUGAACUGGUUUAGGCAAGAUGUAGGGUUCCAGGUUCGGAUGGGCGAUGGAAAGUCUUUAGAUCCCAAGAGGACUGAUUUGCGGCCCGAAGAGGUCGUUGAGAAAAUGGCUGGCCAGGCCCACUUGAUCGGCAACGCUGUCGACGUCAAUUGUCAGAGCUAG